AUGUCUGCUUCCGAUCUGGGAGCGGGUCCCCCCGACUUCCCAACGUCUUUUGACAGGGACCGAGCGAUGGAACUGCUUUGGGAGAACUCGCUCCUGAAUCGCAGUCAGACGGGGGGCGAGAUAAUGGUCCCAUUCAAUGUCGUUGCACUAAUUGGGGAGGAAAACAUGAGUAUCCUGCACGAAAGACUCAGGGUAUUGACUGGCGGCGAUGUAGAGCGAUUUGACGACCAUCAAUUCGGGUGUGUACGUCUCAUUCCAAAGCCGCAUUUGCCUCAAGUUGAGAUUGAGGAAUGGGCUCGGGCUCAUAUAACUAAGCAACUAUAUGAAGCCGCAAGUCAAGGCAUGAACCUAUACCCAGAUCUUCAGAAGGUUCCCCGCCCACCCAAUUCUUUCAUUCUUUACAGACAACACCAUCACAAACCCGUGACCGCCGCGAAUCCCGGAGUCCCUAACACAGCGAUUUCGCGGAUCAUCGCGGACAUGUGGAAACACGAGAUACCCGCGAUCAAGGAUGAGUACAAAAUGUUGGCCCAGAUGGCUAAAGAAGAGCAUGCGGCAAGGUACCCUGACUAUCAAUAUGCGCCCCGACGUCCGCAUCAGAAACGUCGCCGCCUUCCACGGAUCCAUCCGUCGGCGCUCACCUGGAUGUGGGGGACGAAAAGUGGAGCAGCUAUCCUUGAAAAGGCAACAGCUCGCCCUCGGGCAGAUGGCUGGGUCCCAGUGACCCGCGAUUUGGUCCAAGAACUGGACUCGCAGCACCUUCUCUUGGGCCCUGAGGGACUUGGGCCACCCCCUUUUGGCUCAACCCAAGAGCAGUUUCGGGAGCUCAUCCAGAGACAACUUGAGCUCGGAGCGAAUGCUCCACAACUGGCUGCGGCGGACGCUGAGGAUUUCGACCCGAUAUUUGAAGGCCUCGAUGAAGAUUUCCUGGAGGAAAUUCUCAAUUUUGAUGAGAAUUGA